AUGUUUGACCUGCUCUUAGUUGAUCUUCGUUCUAAAGAUCUUCAUGAAAAAAUUUCUAAAAAACUUCAAGUUGAAUAUUUAUCAGAGUCACUCCACACAGAAUUAAAAGAAGUUAACGGCAUUAUCUUCGGUCCUAAUCUAAGGAUCAUUGUUUCUUUACCAGUUAGAAUAAAGCAAAAAACAAAAAAUGUUCACUUUGUGAUAGACACGGGAUCCCCGAAAACUAAUUCUACCCAACUCAUCAACUUAUCAAAUAUUGUUAAACAACAAACUCCUCCCAUCGAUUCAAACUUCACGGACAUUAACGUUCUUGGAACGGAAUAUUUGAAAGCUACUGGUUCAAAUCUCACCAUAAAUUUCACCAACGAAAAUGAAAGAGUUUCUAUAUACUUUGACAAUGAUAAAAAUGAAAUCAUCUCUCGUUUAGGACAAAGUAUUUCUCAAGUAGAACCUAACGUCCUAGGCAGAAUAAUUGGAAUUGUUUUACUUCUUUAA